GAAAAACGAACAAAGAAGCAAACAUAAUUCAAAGAAAGGACCCUUUGGCUAAGUUGUUUCCGAUCUCUCUGAUACCUUCGGAUCUUAGGUGAUGAAGUUCGAUGUUUUCGUCAGUUUCAGAGGAAUCGACACACGAAGAACUUUCGUUAGCCAUCUUUUCCUUGCACUGUUUAAAGAGCAGUUCAAGACUUUCAAACAAGAAGAAGAGAUACCAUUGAAUCAACCAGCUUCCUCUCAAGUGAUCGAGGCAAUUGAAAACUCCGAAAUUGCCAUCGUCGUCAUAUCGAAGAACUACACUGCUUCAGUCUCGUGCCUUGAUGAACUGGCGAAGAUAACUGAGUGUUGGAAGAAACAAUCCUUGGUGGUGGCACCAGUCUUUUACGAGGUUGAUCCUUCAGAUGUUUUAGGGCAAGCAAGCAAUCUUGGGGAGGACAACGAUGGAGGUAACAGCAACAACUUGGAGAAGGUGGAGAGAUGGAGAAACGCACUGGCCAGUUUAGUUGACAUCUAUCAAGAAGUAUACUCCUCUCAAUGGGAGGAUGGCGGCUCGAGUGAGGAUGAAGACACAGACGCGUCCACUAUUUCAAGACUUAUGAGCCACGUUUCUGAACUUUUGAGACCACACGUUCAAAUGUCAGCGGUUAAAGGGAAGUCUGACCCAACUGGAGUUGCCACCAGCAGGAUGGAGCUUGUUAGAGAUGCUCUCAGGAGAAUAGCUUGGAGAAUUAUGAAUGCACAAACGCUUAACAGUUUCAAACCUACUACGCCUGCAAGGAGCAUAACUUAUUAUCAGUCUCAAUUGGCUCCUCCAUCUAUUGAUUUCAAUAGCCUUGUUGGGAUGGAUCGGCAAAUGAAAGAAGUGGAAGCAUUGCUGCUUAGUAUGGAUUCCAUAGACGACGACGGACUUGGAGAAAUGGGCAUUUGGGGUGAUCAAAUACUUGUAGGCAAAACCACACUUGCGAGAUGUGUUUACCAAAAGAUCUCACCACAGUUUCAAGAUCACUACUACUACUUUGAAAAAAACUCCCAAAAUUCUGCUCGAGGCAUUGAUUCAACGUGUUUGCUAGAGGAAAUCACAAGAGCUGCUGCUCUAGCGACAAGUCUAGCGCCAGAUAGCAGCCUAUUUGAAGUUGUGAAUGCAAAUCUUGGACAUCGGAAGGUUUUGCUUAUUGUUGAUUUCUCUGGCAUUGGCCAACUCGAAAAUAUCAGAAAGAUUGCCAGUCGAUUUGGUCCAGGGAGUAGACUGAUCUUUGUCACCCAGGGCAAUUAUGAUCUACUCCGAUGUGGAAUCAAACACCUCUACGAAGUUGAGACUCUGAGAUAUGAUGAAGCUCUUCAACUCUUUUCACAAUAUGCCUUCAAACGAGAACACGUCCCUAGAGAGUACUACCGUCUCUCCGUUCGUGCUGUCCUAAUCACUGGUCGUAUCCCACUCGCCCUUAAAGUCUUCGGCUCCUUCCUACACGGGAAAGUCAUCAGUGAAUGGGAAUUCGAGCUGUGUAGACUUGAAGCAUCCCAGGUUAACUGGGUUGCAAACGUUUCCAGCUAUAUCGGAAAUGCCCUCUCUUGAAGAAGAUGGCUAUGCCUAUGCAUGUUGAAUGAUCAAAAUGUGGAAUCAGAGUUCAAUCUUACACCAUGUUCAUAGACUCUGUUGCUUUCUAUAUUUCCCUAUUGUGUGUGUUCUAAGAUCAUGCAUCGUUUUAUGAUCACUACUUUAUGAGUU